AUGUCCGCCGCAAAGACCAAGGCUCAGAAGCUCAUCGACGAGAACGCCGUCGUCGUCUUCUCCAAGUCCUACUGCCCCUACUGCACUUCCAGCAAGAGCCUUCUCAGCAGCUUCGAUGCCAACUUCACCCUCGUUGAACUGGACCAGAUCGAUGAUGGAUCCGCCAUCCAGGACGCCCUUCAAGAGAUCUCCGGCCAACGCACCGUUCCCAACAUCUGGAUCAAGCAGAACCACAUCGGCGGUAACUCCGACCUCCAGAAUGUCAAGAGCCAGCUUCCCCAGCUCCUGAAGGAUGCUGGUGCUCUUUAA